CCGCUGAACGGCUUUAUCUUUUGAAUCGCAGUUGUCUUUUGAAGGCGGAGCGGUGCAGAGCUUGUGCUGGGACCCAUUUUUCUUCAUUCUGAAAAAACAUCCACCAAUUAAGAAAAACCAACAGAAAACGACAGCCGUGUGGAUCACCCCCUGUCACUUCGCUCUUCACGUCACCGUUCAUCCUCGUGUGCCUCGUGCUUCAAAGAAAACAAUACCUCGUGAGGCUCAAAAUACAUAAAAUAAGUUUUCAGGUUUUUCAUCUGGGAUAGCACGUUGCAUAUUUGACAUUUUUUUUAUUUUGUUUUCUACAACUACAAAACGUUUUCGUUAUUACAUCAAUUAAGACGCUGGUCGGCGCAAAGAGUGGAACAUUUUCAAUACUAAAAAUUAUUCAUAGGCCUAACAGUGAUGGGGCGCAAUAAAUGUAAACUGCUUGUUGUAUGCGGCCCAUCAGGGUCUGGCAAGUCGACCUUGAUCCAGAGGCUUUUCAAGGAAUACCCGGACAAGUUUGGCUUUUCGGUGUCUCAUACGACCCGUAAGCCACGUCCGGGUGAAAUCGACGGGCUGCACUAUUACUUUACAACCAAAGAGCAAAUCGAGGAAGGGAUUCGUCAUGGCAAAUUUCUAGAGACUGCCAGCUUUUCUGGAAAUACUUAUGGCACGAGCAUUGACUCAGUACAAAAAGUCUGUGAUGAAGGGAAAGUAUGUAUACUAGACAUCGAAACCGAAGGUGUCAAACAGGUCAAACAAAAAGACCUUGAUGUUAUUUUAGUCUUCAUUAAACCACCUUCUCUUGAAGUUUUGGAAGAACGUCUUAAAGCACGUGGGACCGAAACAGAAGAAAGCCUGAAGCGAAGACUAAAUGUUGCCAAAGGGGAGAUUGAGUAUGGUGAAUCUGAGGGCAAUUUCCACACUAUUAUUAUCAACAACGAAUUGGAAGAGGCAUACAAUACAUUUAAAUCGUUUAUAAUGAAAGCAGUUUUUAAAGGCGAUAUGACUGAAUGCUGGAAGACUCCAGAUUUUCCAAAGCACAAAAAGUCUCUGUUUACAGCUAUAAAACAGGGUUAUUUAAUUUAAAAGGUUUAUUAUUAUUUUUAUUAUGUCAUUAUUAAAAAAUCUAUUUCUUUAAAUUCCAUGACAUAAUUUUCAUUAAAUUUGCAUCUCUUGUAAACUUGUUACGUUAAUAAAUAUACUUUUGCUCAUCUAGAAAA